UGGAGAGCUGACCAGUCCGAUCACGGGCGAUCUUGCGCAGAGCUCUGAUCUUCGAAGAGCGCAAGCCUGCAGCAAGGCUGCAGCCUAGCUUGCUGAGCCGCCCGUGGAGACUGCUGGCACCAGCAAGGGCGAGGAGCCUGCCUUCACAAUGGCCUCAAUGCAGGAGGGCAUGCAUGCUGGAGUGAGCAAUGGGACGAGCGUGCCCAGUCUGAUUGACUUGUGCAUCGAGGCAAUUCUCAGUGGUGGCUUGUGGAAGUACCAGCGCAGGAGCCUGGAACGGCUGCCUAGCCCCUUUGUGGAGAGGCUCUUCCACCGACUGCUCAGCAGCCGCCAGCUGUCACCGCCCUUGCUAGAGCUGUUCCAGGCGUGCCUGGAGGAGGUGGACCUCAGCGGCGUGUCUGCGGUGGACGCCACAUGGCUGGCCUACGUGGGCGCCUACACGCACCUGCGCAGCCUCAACCUGGCCGCCUGCAAGAACGUGACCGACGCCAGCCUGUGGCACCUUCUGGGCCUCUCCUCCCUGGAGACUCUGAGCCUGGCGCGGUGUUCGCGCGUCACCUUCGUGGGCUUGCGCCACAUCCUGCCCAUGACCAGCCUGCGGUCCCUGGACAUCUCGGAAACAGCGGUCUCACCGGCAGGCGUGAAUCAGCUGGGGGUGCGAACGGCUCUGACGGAGCUGCGGGUGGGUGGGAUCGCCAUUGAUGGGACAACGCUGCAGCGGCUCCAGCCCCUGUCCCACUUGCGGCUCCUCCACGCGUGGGGCUCCGCUCUCACCGAUUCAGCAGCCGCACUGCUUCCCACACUCUUCCCCUGCCUGGAGAGCCUCAGCCUGGCCUGGACUGACGUCACUCGGCUGCCCACCCUCCCUGCGCUGACGUCACUCGACAUGAGCCAGUGCACUGUCGAGACACUUUUCGAGCGCUCUUCAGCCGUCCCUUCCCCUCUGAAAGAGCUGACACUUUUUGGCGCUACCGUGAAUGCUGCCGCGGAGUGGCCCGCGCUCCCGCACCUCGCGCGGCUGGACCUGGCUGGCGGCCGGGCCCGCCCCGACUUCUUCUUCUGCGGCCGGUAUGCAGCCUCGCUAACCAGCCUCGACCUGAGUAACACGAUAGCGGAGGACGGGGGGGGGGGGCUGUGGGGGCUGGUGGCUGCCGCGCAAAGCGGGGGCGCCGUGCUCCCCCUGCGGCGGUUGAAGCUGGUGGGCGGGAAGAGCCUGGACGAAGAGGAGCUGAGCUUGAGGGGGGACCUCUUACUAAGCGGGAAAAUGGCGAACCUCGAAGAGCUGGCGGUCACUGGGUGGGAUGCGGGCGACCGCGACUGGGCGCGGCUGCCAGCUGUGCUGCCGCGGCUGACGAGUCUGGAUCUGCGGGCGGCCCCAGAGCACGACCUCCCCAUGGCUGCAAUUGGCGCCCUCGCGGUGCUGCCUAGCCUGGUGUCCCUGAGCAUCUCUGGAGUGCCAUCCGACGACUGUGGGACCGAAAUCGCCAAGCAUGCGCAAGGUCUGCGGAGUCUCGCUCUCCGAGGCGACUCCAUCAGCGACAGCGCCCUGGAACCAAUCUCCAGCAUGCCACGUGUCCGCAGCCUGGCCAUCAGCGGGGGGGUCCUUACCGACGCUGGCGUGGCCCCCCUAGCGAAGAUGGACGCGCUACAGCGGCUCGACCUACGCGGGUGCUGGCUGCUGACGUCAUCGGGGCUAAAGGAACUCCGCAAGCGGUUCAAAGAUCGGCGAGGCCCGAGCGGAUUGUCGGUCAAGAUUGAGCACGAAAGCCUGCCAUUUGCUCCCGACAAGGGGGACGCCGCGAACGAUGGCCCGGCUUCUAAGGGGAAUCGCAAAAGCGGCGGUUCUUCUAACGUGUGGUUUGGCGUCGGCCCGGGGGGCAGCCGGUCCCCCGGGCAGUUCCGGAAGGCGGGGAAAGGGAAGGGAGAGCAGCGGCAGUCCGCGGACAAGGGGCGCGCCGAGACGAGCAGUCGGAGAGACAGCCGGGGCAGUUCCGUGGACGAACGCGUGCGAUACAAGCGGGAUGAUCUCGUCGGUCUCCAAGGGCGUCGGCUCGGCGAAGGAUGGAAAGCGCUGGGUGUGAGGACAAGAAGGCACGAGAAAGAGCUUGCGCUGCCUGUGCCGGGAGCACCGUUCCUUCCUUAUGGCUUAACAGCUCUCGCAAGCAUUUGA